UUCCUGGAGGCAGACCCGCCUCUCCUGCACCUGUCAGCACUGGGAGGACUGGGAGGAUGUCUGGGAGGACUGGGAGGUGCUGGGACAGUCCAGGGACAGCACAUACAAGUCCUCCACUCCUUGUCCCAGCACAGCUCCUCCAGACAUCGGAUCCCCAUCCGCAGCCAUGAGUGUCAUAGAACACAGGAACACAGGCAAGCAGAUGAGCAGCCCCCUGCAGACUAUGUCCCCGAUCGUACAGCUCAACAUCGGUGGUGAUAUCUACACCACAACACUGGGAACUCUUAAGAAGUACCAGGGUUCCAAGCUGUUUGAGAUGUUCAAUGGGCAACCCAAACUCCGCACUGAUGCGGACGGGAGGUAUUUUAUCGACCGGGAUGGGAAAUACUUCAAAUACAUCUUGGAGUAUCUUCGAAAUGGCCAAGUCCCCAACCAGUGCAUCCUAGAAGUCUACAAGGAGGCCCUGUUCUACGAGAUCGAACCCCUGGCGAAGAAACUAGAAGAGACUCCCCAGCUCUUUGGGGAACAGGUGGGAAGGAAGCAGUUCUUGGCACGAGUUCCCAACUACCAGGAGAAUAUCGAGGUGAUGAUUCGCAUUGCUAGGGCAGAGGUGGUUGCAUCGCGCCACUCCAACGUCUUUGUGUGUAUCGUAAGGACUGACGAGGAUGCGUCUAAGUGCCAAGAUGCCCUAAACACGCUUGAUAUGGACAAAGAAUCCGUGGUCAAGUUUGGACCAUGGAAGGCAUCUCCUGGCAUCACGGACCUUCUGGAUUGUAUUAAGGUGGACAUUGAAGACCGGGGCUAUAAAGUAUCAUACGUGACCCAUGUAGCUGACAAAGGAUUUCGCUUUAAGACCUAUGACUUUUUUUACAAAUUUGUUUUUACGUGGUGGUAAAAGGUGACGGAGAAAUCCAUCUACGGCACUGGAGAAGAGACUUCCUGAUAACAAGGAGGCCUAUACACUGUUUACCAAUGGAUCAAACGCUACUUAGUUCCACAACAUGCCGGCCUCUCAAACCGGAAAUACAACCGAUCAACUGAGAGUUUAAUCUCUACUUUAGGAAUAAACUAACAUCAUACCAAGCAUGAAUGGAUUCAUGCAAAUGUCAGGAGCCAUGCAGGCCAACCUGUGAGACUGCAGUAGUUCCAUUUCAAGAGGCACUACAAUUAAGCUUUUAUUAAAAAGAAGGCUCAAAAAGUUUGGCGCAAGUUUUAAUUGUUCGGACAUAUUUGUUAUCUGGGCCUGGGAUUUGUCCAGCUUUGUAUCGCGCUUCCAUACAUUUUCUGGCCAAUUUA